AUGCAUGAUGCAAACCUCCCAGUCGAUCUUUGUUCUGUGAAGACAGUAUGCCACGAAAUUGAUGAUGUUGGGGUCCCUGCACGAAAGAAUACGGUUGGAGGUGCAGAUCAUGAAGAGUCAGCAAUAAAUAUGUUUGAAGUGAGUCUCGGCUUUCUCUUCCGAGGUUUCAAUGCUUGUAAAUUUGUAACAUAUCUUUGUCUGCUAUUUUUCGUCCUUUUACUUUCUCUAAAAUUGGAUAACAAAAUUGGAGUCGGAUAUGCGAUAGUAUUCCUUCCUAUCUGGAUCUAUAAUUUCCUAAUUUUUGCUGGAGCUGUUGUCGGAGUCAUAUCCUUUCUCUCACGUCCUCCUUCACAAAAUGACAUUACGCUACGCGUUGACUUCACGGCCAUGCAGUUAACAACAGUGGAACAUUCAUUUCUCUUUCUGUUUGCUCUUAUGACUUAUUGCAAGCUGGAAUUGUCUGCGGUCUUUCGAGAAUUCUUCGAACUUCAUUGGAUAGUUGUGUUUUCUCCUCUUUUUGCUUUAUCUAUUGCAUCAAUUGGUCUUGUAGUAUGGGCAAUGCGGCGAGACAAAUCUUUUGAGUUUGAGUUGUUCUUUGCAAUCAACAUAGUGCAGCUCUUCUUUCUUGCUUUUAAAUUGGAUGAUUUGGUGGAUUGGUCGUGGGCCGUAGUGUUCAUACCUCUCUGGGUCGUGCUUUCUUUAUCCGCUGUGGGUGUUUUGUACGCUCUCGUGCUUUCUAUCGUACUAGCACGUUCUCGUCAUCUUGUUCCAUCACAUCGUCGUCAACAUGUUACAUCAGCUCUAUUUCAUGCUUGUCUCGUAGUACCUGCUUUAAUCUGCAUGGUUCUCCUAACAGGGAAACUAGAUGCAUUGGAAUGGGGCGACAAUGAUCCUGCUGCUGAUAUGCCAUUCACGGCUGUUUUUGCUCCCCUUCUUGUCUCUCUCAUUUGUCUUGUGCUAAUGUCGUGCGUUCACGGAGGAGGAAAUGUGUGGUGGUUUGGUCUCCGUCAACCAUUCUGUACAGCUCUACUUGACGCUUGUCCUUGUUUGAAGCAAUAUGCAAAUGUCAGUUAUAAGAUAGUACUUCACCGGGAGCGUUUAACGGAAGAGAAUACGAAUGAACGUCCUGUUGUACAUCCUCGCAGAGAAGAGCACGAUCGAUACCCAUUAAAACCAGCAGUGCCGCUAUGUAGUCUAGACAUGACAGAAUGGGACAUGCUUAGUUUUUACGAUAUUCUACAAGUCAGCCCAAGCGCAAGUGCUGAAGAAAUAAAACGUGCCUACUUCGAUUAUCUUCGGCGCAUCCACCCUGAUAAAGGUGCCGAAACUGAGGGGAGUUCUGAUACUCUUACGUUAGCUACCCAUAUCUGGAGCAUUUUGAAGGACCAAACGAAGAGACGGGAGUACGACUACUGGCUCCGUGAGCAACUUUAUCGAAAAAACAAAGGCACAGUAGCUGAAAAAAUAGAAAUUCCACACGACGAGAGCGAAUCUGUAGUAGAGGCGUGCCGCUGCGGAGAUUAUUACGAAAUUUCCGCUGAAGAGGUCCAAAAGAUAGUCGAUAGUGGUGUUUUUGAGUGUGGAUCUUGCUCACUCUGCCUAGAAGUCGUGAAACGUGCACAUUUUUACAGCAGUCCUGAGAUGUCGUCCACGAAGAUAGUUGUAGUUGGAGAAAGUGGCGUUGGAAAAACUUCAUUUGUGAACGCUGUUUGCGGAAAUCCAAGCAGCGACUCUCCAAGUACCAUAGGGGCUUCAAUUUCAAUGGUGUGGCACGAGUACAAGGCAGGUACUUCUGAGCAGCGAUCUGAACUUAUGGAACUGUGGGAUAUUGGAGGCUCAGGAGCACAUCGGGCAGCUUCCGCUGUUUUCUUGGACGGUGCAGCUGGAGUAAUCUUGGUGCACGACUUGAGCAAUAAGAAGAGUGAAGAGAAUCUUUCUCAGUGGCUGUCCCUGAUAGACGGAAAACCCCGUCCACUUGGAUCAUCAACCUCGCGAUCUUUGCUAGCAGACAUUGAAUCUUGUCACGUUCCGAUAUUGACCGUAGGCUGUAAACUGGACUUAGCCCCCCACAGAGGUCCUUCUGCGUACGAUAGAAUGAAUAUUAAUUGUCUUCGACCAAUUCCACCAGGGUCUACAGCGAGUAUGGCACUGGCACGUUUUUUCGACGAAACCAUCGACCGAACAAAGGCUCCUGUUAAUGAGCGACGGCGUCGUGUCCAACAAUUUUAA